AUGGAUGAGACCAACUGGCUCAAGGCCCAGCAGCAGGGCGCGCGGCGGCGGUGCGGGGUCACCCAGCACCUGGCCGACAACCGGCUCAAGACCACCAAGUACACGCUGCUGUCCUUCCUGCCCAAGAACCUGUUCGAGCAGUUCCACCGCCUGGCCAACGUGUACUUCGUCUUCAUCGCACUGCUCAACUUUGUGCCCGCGGUGAACGCCUUCCAGCCCGGCCUUGCGCUAGCGCCUGUCCUCUUCAUUCUGGCCGUCACGGCCUUCAAGGACCUGUGGGAGGACUACAGCCGCCACCGCUCCGACCACGAGAUCAACCACCUGGGAUGCCUGGUAUUCAGCAGGGACCAAAAACAGUAUGUGAACCGAUUCUGGAAGGAAAUCCGCGUGGGAGACUUUGUGCGUCUUCGCUGUAAUGAGAUCAUCCCUGCGGACAUCCUGCUGCUCUCCUCCAGCGAGCCCGACGGCCUGUGCCACAUCGAGACAGCCAACCUGGACGGAGAGACCAACCUGAAGCGGCGGCGGGUGGUUCGAGGCUUCUCGGAGCUGGUCUCUGAAUUCAACCCUUUGAAGUUCACUAGUGUCAUUGAAUGUGAGAAGCCAAACAACGACCUGACAAGGUUUCAUGGGUGCAUCAUCCACGACAGCGGGAAGAAGGCCGGGCUGUGCAAGGAGAACUUGUUGCUGCGAGGAUGCACCAUCAGGAACACAGAGGCUGUGGUUGGCAUCGUCCUCUACGCAGGCCAUGAGACCAAAGCUCUGCUGAACAACAGUGGGCCCCGCUAUAAGCGCAGCCAGCUUGAGAGGCAGAUGAACUGUGACGUGCUCUGGUGUGUCCUUCUCCUCGCUUGUAUGUCUCUGUUUUCAGCAGUCGGCCAUGGACUAUGGGUGCAGCGGUAUCAAGAAAAGAAAUCAUUAUUUGAUGUUCCCGAGUCUGACGGCAGCGCCUUCUCCCCAGUCACAGCUGCAGUUUACUUGUUUUUGACAAUGAUAAUAGUUCUGCAGGUUUUGAUCCCAGUUUCCUUAUAUGUUUCCAUUGAAAUUGUCAAAGUAUGCCAAGUGUACUUCAUUAACCAGGACAUCGAGCUGUACGACGAAGAAACAGACUCACAGCUGCAAUGCCGAGCUCUGAAUAUCACAGAAGACCUAGGGCAGAUACAGUAUAUCUUCUCAGAUAAAACUGGAACUUUAACUGAGAAUAAGAUGGUUUUCCGAAGAUGCACAGUGUCUGGCAUAGAAUAUUCUCAUGAUGCAAAUGCUUUGCGCCUGGCCAGGUACCAGGAGACCGACUCUGAAGAGGAGGAGGUGGUGCCCAAAGGGGGUUCGCUGCCCCACCUUGGCACCACGGGGCAUGCACAGAACACCCGGGACAUGCACAGGAGUCACAGCACCAAGUCACACCGGCGCAUGAGCAGCCGGGCGGAGGCCAAGAGGGCCAGCAUGCUGUCCAAACACACGGCCUUCAGCAGCCCCAUGGAGAAGGACAUCACGCCCGACCCGAAGCUGUACGACAAGGUGUCCGAGUGUGACCGGUGUCUGGCCAUCUCAAAGCACCAGGAGCAGCCCCUGGCACACCUUUCACCAGAGCUGACCGACAUUUUCGACUUCUUUAUCGCACUCACCAUCUGCAACACAGUGAUUGUCUCGUCCCCAGAACAGCCCCAACAAAAGGACAAGAUGAGGUUUGAGCUGAAGUCGCCGGUGAAGACCAUCGAAGACUUCCUGAAGAGGUUCUCGCCCAGCCGCCUGACCUCCAGCUGUGCCAGCAUCAGCAACUUGGCCACCAAGUCCACGCACAAGUCGGGGUCCAGCAUCCUGACUGCCCUGUCCAGUGACCCGGCGCUGUUCAGGCUGGAGGAAGGGCUGGAAGAGCCGGCCCCUGCUGUCUCCAGCAACGGCUGGAGGGACAACUGGGACCCCGAGCUCCCCGCCCAGGAGCCCGAGAAAACGAAAGAGCCGGUGAAGAAGCGCCUGGAGCUGUUCUACGAGGCCGAGAGCCCCGACGAGGCGGCGCUUGUGUAUGCAGCCUGCGCCUACAGCUGCGCCCUCGUGGACCGGCAGCAGGACCAGGUGUCGGUGGAGAUGCCGCGGCUGGGCCGGCUCACCUUCGAGCUCCUGCACACGCUGGGCUUCGACUCCAUCCGCAAGAGGAUGUCGGUGGUGAUCCGGAACCCGCUCACCAACGAGAUCGUCGUCUACACCAAAGGCGCCGACUCCGUGGUCAUGGACCUCCUGCUGCCCUGCUCCUCAGAUGAUGCCAGAGGGAGGCAUCAAAAAAAAAUCCGAAGCAAGACUCAAAAUUACCUCAACAUGUAUGCGGUGGAGGGUCUGCGUACCUUGUGUAUCGCCAAGAGGGUUUUGAGCAAAGAAGAGUAUGCCUACUGGCUGCAGAGCCAUCUGGAAGCAGAGUCGUCCCUGGACAACCGCGAGGAGCUCCUCUUUCAGUCAGCCAUUCGCCUGGAAACCAACCUGCAGCUGCUGGGCGCCACAGGCAUUGAAGACCGCUUGCAGGACGGAGUCCCUGAAACCAUUGCUAAGUUGCGCCAAGCAGGCCUGCAGAUCUGGGUUCUCACAGGUGACAAGCAGGAAACAGCCCUUAAUAUCGCCUAUGCCUGCAAGCUGCUGGACCACGAGGAUGAAGUCAUCACUCUGAAUGCCGAAUCCCAGGAGGCAUGUGCGGCCCUGCUGGACCAGUGCCUACAUUACGUGCAGUCCAGAAACCACCACGCCCUCGAGAAGACCACCGGAAAUGUGAGCGUGGGCUUCUCCCCAGUCUGUCCAAAUGCUGCCUCUGCGUCCUCUGGCCCCAGCCCCAGCCUUGUGAUUGAUGGAAGAAGUCUGGCCUACGCUCUUGAGAAAAACCUGGAGGACAAAUUUCUCUUCUUGGCCAAGCAGUGCCGGUCAGUCCUUUGCUGCCGCUCGACACCCUUACAGAAGAGCAUGGUGGUGAAACUGGUCCGGAGCAAGCUCAAGGCCAUGACCUUGGCCAUAGGAGACGGAGCCAAUGAUGUCAGCAUGAUCCAGGUGGCAGAUGUUGGUGUGGGCAUCUCAGGCCAAGAGGGCAUGCAGGCAGUGAUGGCCAGCGACUUCGCACUGCCGAGAUUCCGAUACCUCGAGCGUCUCCUAAUCGUUCAUGGACAUUGGUGCUAUUCCCGACUUGCCAACAUGGUGCUGUACUUCUUCUACAAAAACACAAUGUUCGUGGGUCUCUUGUUUUGGUUCCAGUUCUUCUGUGGCUUCUCUGCAUCCGCCAUGAUUGACCAGUGGUAUCUGAUCUUCUUUAACCUGUUCUUCUCAUCGCUUCCCCAGCUUGUGACUGGGGUGCUGGACAAGGAUGUACCAGCCAAUGUGCUUUUGACCAAGCCUCACCUCUACAAGAGUGGCCAGAACAUGCAGGAAUAUCGACCACUCACCUUCUGGUUGAACAUGGCUGACGCUGCAUUCCAGAGCCUGGUUUGCUUUUUCAUCCCUUACCUGGCCUACUACGACUCGGACACCGACAUGUUUACCUGGGGAACGCCCAUCACUGCCAUUGCACUCUUCACCAUCCUGCUGCACCUUGGUAUUGAAACCAAGACCUGGACCUGGCUCAACUGGAUAACCUGUGGCUUCAGUAUCCUUUUAUUUUUCACUGUGGCUUUGAUUUACAACGCUUCUUGUGCAACGUGCUACCCACCGUCCAACCCUUACUGGACUGUGCAAACGUUAAUGGGCGACCCCGUGUUUUACUUGACUUGUCUCAUAGCACCUGUCGCCGCGCUGCUGCCCAGGUUGUUUUUCAAAGCACUGCAGGGGAGCCUUUUCCCCACCCCACUGCAGCUGGGGCGCCAGUUGGCCAAGAAGUCCCUUGAAAAACUUAACACUGCCAAAGAGACCUUUGCUCAGGGACGCCUUCCGGGAGAUCAAAGAACGGAGCCCCCAGAACACAGCAGUGAAUCGAACUUGGGGUCCAUCUCCCAGGACUGCAACUUGAAGGCAUCAUGGCACACACAGCCAGCCUGCUCCCCAGAGGCCAGUGGGGAGCCCAGCGCAGUGGACAUGAGCGUGCCUUUGAGAGAGGACACCCCGCUGGAGGAACUGGGUGACCAGGCCCCGGGCUCCUCCACACCACAAAAGGUGAUUCUAGAAGAGUGCCCUGGGAACCCCAAGAUGAAGCCCACCAGUGCCAACAGGACAGCCCCCCUAUCAUCCAUCUUCAACCUGCCCCACUUCAGCUCACUUAACUGGAUUCCCUCCCUCUCCCUCGUCAGUGAUCUGGGAAGUGUCUUACAGCUCUCCCAAAGUAGUUUACAGACAGACAAGCAGGAUAGUGAGUUCCUGCCCAGCCCCCCUCUGCCAGACCAGGACAUGCGUGGCUUCACGGGGCAGACCACGGACUACUUCUAGAAGCAACUUCCAGAGACAGCAGCUGGUGGUGGCAGUGGUGGAAACCUUGAAAUAGCCUUUUUUUUUUUAUAACAUAGAUGUUAAUAUUAUUUAUGUUUAUUAUUUGCACAGAAGAGUUCUAGUGAGAUGUAUUUUAUGUUUCCAAGGUUAAUACAGGAAACGAAAGGUACCAAAAAAGAAAGU